AUGAAAGCAACAAAGCAGAUGAAACCCAGCACUACCAGAGAAACAAAUGCAGGAACAUCCAUUUUUAAAAAGAGUUCACCUGUGUUACGAGGCUCAUCUCCUACUAAUUCAAAGAUAAAACAUAAGAUAAAGUUCUUGGCAAAUGAAAGUGAGCCGCUGGUGUGCAUACCUCCAUCUCCAGUAGAAUCUAUGGUAAAGUAUUCCAUACCGAUUCCAUCUGAAAAUAAACCUGAUAUGGUAGAUGAACUGCAGAUGCUAAAGGACAUCACUGAUCAUCUAAAUGAGCUUGUGCACACAAUGGAAUAUGUGUAUGCUAAGAAAGCUGAAGAGGAGGAGGAGGAGGAGGAGGAAAAGGAAAGCUCAGUUGAAAGUCUUGAGGAUAUGACUGCAUUCCUGUUAUGUUUUUCAUCAGCUACAACACAACUAGAAACAGCAUUUGAGGAAGAAAAACAACUAUUAGAAUCUUUGCUUAAGUGGUUUGGAAAGGUAGUUCAGCAGAUGGAAGAGCUAGGAGAAGAUGAACUUGUUCCAGAUUGGCAGCUUCCUUUGGCUGAUAAAGACAUAACAAAUAACAUUACUAAAUUAGUGCAACGCAUCAAAAAGCUUGAAGAACUGAAAGGCCGUGUUCAAGAUCUGCCCAAGUCCAUCCAGAUUCCUGCAGCCAAGCAGGAAAAGAAAAAACGAGCAAGCCCAGUAUCAUCAAGUCAUAGAGAUCCAAAGGCUAUUUUAGAAGAUCUUGUAAUGAAACAUGGGACUGAGGAUGUAGUCAGCAUGACACAUGCUUUUGAAAAUGACCUGACACCACAAACAAUUGAAACAAUGAGCACUCGCAUACUAGACAUAAUGAAAGUAUUUGAAAGACAAACAAAUAAGUUACAAAGAAUUUCAAAUGAACAAGAUGUCCUAGAAGGUAAAUACCAGAAGAUUCAAAAUGAGUAUCAGUUGCUAGCAGAAGAAAAACUGAUAAUGGAGAAUGAAAUUCAAAAGAUGAGAGAGGAAGAAAAGCUAGGGAAAGAAAAAAUAAUACCGGAGUCCAGAAAGAGAUUUUUAUCAAAACUGGAGAGAAAACAACCUGUUGAGAAUGCUGAAGUAUCUUCCCUAUCAGGAGUUCAGGCAGCAGGGGAAGCAAGGAGAGUUUCUAUUAUUCAGUCUAAAAAAGAAAGUGAAAAUCAGAAAAUGAAAGAAGAUUUAAUUAAAGCUCAGGAAAAUCUUCAAGUUCUUGAAAGAGAGAAGAAAAACCUUGAGGAAAAAUUACAGAAAGCUUUAGAGGAAGCUGUAAAAGCUAACAGGCAGUUCACAAAAUCAGUAACACCUUCCCAUGUUCAAGAUAUGCACUUUAUUUAUCCUGAGGCUGAUGAGAAGAAUGCUGACACUGAUAUGAAAAUAAAUGGUAAAGAUUUAUCAAAGAAUGGCAAACCUCCAACAAAAUCUAAAGGUAAGGGAGAGGAUCGUCCAUUUUCAAGACGCAAGUCUAUUAAUGAAACUGAUAAAUCAGUACAGAAAUUACCAGCAGUCAACACAGGAAAGCAAACAGGUGAACUACUUUCAAGGAAAACUCCAGUAGAAACUGAGAAAAAACAAGAAACUGUGACAUCUCAACUGAAAGAUGUUAAACUAGAGAAAAAAGUGUUAACUGACAAAGAAAACUCUAAAGAGUAUGGAAUUCCAGCAAGCAGUUUAAAGGAAAAAGUCCUUGUUCAGGAGCGAGAACAACCGUAUAAAGCUAAAGAAUCUGCUGGUGUCAUGGAAGAGACUCCAAAACUUCAGUUUCCUCAGCCUGAAUAUGAGAGGGUACAGCAAAGUCAUUCUACUGACAAAGGGUCACUCCCAUUGUUAACUGUUAAAAUGAAAGAAGAAUCAAAGGGGGAAAAAAACCAUACAGAAGAAAAGUCAGAAACUCCUUUGAAAUUAGAUCCCAAAGGAUCUAUUAAAUCUAAGAAAGCUGCAGAAACAAAAAAAGGAAAUGUAAUGAGAAAAAGUACAGGGAAAGAAACACACAUCACUGCUGUUUCAGAUCUCCCAGAGUUACACAAAGUUCAAGAAGAAUCCCCUUUGGACAACUACUCAAACAGUCAAGACAAGUCAUUACCAAGGGCUUUAGACCAGCUUAUCUCAGCAAGGCAAGAGAAAAUAUCUCCAGAAAUCUCCCAGAAAAAGGAAGCACAAGUUGAAGCAACUCUUAGAUCCAGUAUUGAAGAAGAUCUUUCUCUCUUCACAUAUGAGAACCUAACCUUGCCAUCAACUUUAAUUCCCAAAGGUCAAGUUUCUUUUAAAGACUUAUUGCCCAGUCACAAAGUAUCUUCUGCUGAUUUUGCCAAAAUUAAAGAAGAAUCUCAAACAACUCCUAUUUUUCCUAUUGAAACAACACCUGCUAUCAUAUCUUCUAAGAUCCUGGAAGAGGUAUCUGCAGUUUUCACUCCAGAGGAUAAGAUGAUAUCUACUACAACUUCUUCUGUUGAAGACAGGACUUUUCUAGGAGAUAUUCAAGAACCACUUGAAGUUUAUCAGCCUUAUGUACAAGAUUCUCCUAGAGUUUAUGAGACUAAAAUUUCGGAGAAUAUUUUACCCAGUGAAAAAAGUCUUCCCAGUAUUUACAAAGACACAGUAGAUCUUAAAGAAGAUUUAUCAGCCACAGAAAGGCUUCUGUUAACAAAUCAGUUGAAAAAUCGGAAUGAGAUGCGACAAGCACAGACUCUUAUUCUGGUAGAAGCAGGACAAAACAUCGGGAAGACAAUAGAUGACCUCUCAGACAAUAGAAGAAGUUUGCUUGCAAAUGUAGCAGCAAAUACAGAAGCUCUGCAACGUAUGGUGGCUGUUGAAGCUGGCCAGCCAGGCAGUAGCACUGAAAGCAAAGAAUAUGAGCCAAGAGAGCAAAGAAGGAUGAUGGGUGCAAGUCUCAAAGCAAAUCUACAUGACCUGCAGCAAGCACAAGCUUUUGCUGCUAGCCAACCAGUCAGUAUCAGUGAGAAAAAAGUAUAUGGGCUAACUCAACAAAGAAGGAUGUUGACUUCAAAUUUAGAAGCAAAUCUACAAGAUCUGCAACAAGCCCAAGCUCUUGCAGCAGGCCAAGUAGUAAAAUGCAGACCUGAUGGUGACGAGAGGAAACUAUAUGAGCUAUCAGAAGCAAGAAAGGUUUUGCUUGCAAGUCUGGAAUCAAAUCUGAAAGAUCUGCAACAAGCACAGGCUCUUGCAUCUAGCCAACCAAGCACUAUGACUUCAUCAAAAGUAGAUGAGCUAACCAAGAAAAGAGAGGUUUUGGUUGCAAAGCUGGAAGCAAAUCUAAAGGAUCUGCAACAGGCACAGGAUUUUGCAGCAGGCCAGAUAGGAAAAGAGAGCUCAAGUGAGAAAGAGAGACUACAAUUACCAGACUUUAGGAAGGUAGCAAGUCAACCAUCAAAUUGGGAAACACUGAAGUCAGUGUCAUCACUUGAAGGUCUCCAGCUAACAUUAAGUGAACUAUCUGGCAGCAAAAUGGCACAUUUAGAGAAAAAAAGACUCCUGCCAGAAAGACAACCAUUAAGUAGUAAGGGUGCACAGCUAGAACACACUCUUUCAGCACUCCUGCCUCAAGACCAAAACACUAAAAAUGAAAUGGAACAGAUAGCAUUAAGAAAACGUCUCCUGCUUGCAAAUCUGCCUUCAGCUUUUCCCUGUAUGUCCCCACUGCCAAAUCUACCACCACUCCAAUUAAGCUUAAAUAACCUCACUGAGAAUGAAAUACAAGAAUUAUUAGACAAAAAAAGGCAUCUGUUUACAAAUCAGCAAUUCAAUCUGGACUGUCUGCCACAAGCAGAGGCUCUUGCACAGAUCCAGUUACAACAGAACAACAUCAUUGGGAAGGAAGCUCAGCAGUUACCAGACAUUGAAAUUCGUCAGAAGAAAAAGAUAGUAAAGAAAUCUUGCAUUUCACACAAUAAAGACCUUAAUAAGGGAGCCUUACCGAGUCCUCGGGACACAUACAAGGUACACUUGCAAAUGAUGGUGCCUUCCAGGUUUGCAAGGGAUGUCUCAAACACUUUCACUACAUAUAAAUGUACAUAG